AGUUUAUCAACUUGAAUGAUUGAUUUACCAAUUGUUUCGUUCACAAAAUAUUUAUUAUAACUAUUUCUUAUUAAUUUUAUUGGUUAUGUACCCGCGCAUCAGCUAGCGAGCUGCGUGAGCAGCCGCCAGCCAGCAACAAUCACACAUGGUGUUCUGGGCAGUCCAACCAAACGCUUUGGAAAUAUCACUUCACUGAAGCAGUGACUUGAGACAAUCUGAGCUAUAUAUUUAUCUUUCACCAUGGGUCGAGUUAAGAAAACUAGAAAAGUUGUGCAGCAAAAGUUUGCAAAGAUGAAGAAGAUGAUAAGUGUUAGUGAUCCUAGAAUAAAGGAAAAACUGAGAGCAGCACCAAAGAAAAAGAAACCAGAAGAUCCUAAUGAAAUAAAAGUCAAAGAAGUACCUCAACAAUCAUCAGCACUCUUCUUUGAGUAUAACGAACAAUUAGGCCCACCAUAUCAUGUUAUAGUGGAUACCAAUUUUGUAAAUUUUUCAAUUAAAAACAAAUUGGAUAUCGUUCAAAACAUGUUGGAAUGUUUGUACGCCAAGUGCAUUCCAUAUAUAACUGAUUGUGUUCUUGGAGAAUUGGAAAAGUUAGGACAAAAGUACAAGUUAGCUUUAAAAAUUAUUAAAGAUCCAAGAUUUGAGCGACUACCUUGCAUGCAUAAAGGCACAUAUGCUGAUGAUUGUAUUGUACACAGGGUGCAACAGCACAAAUGUUACAUAGUAGCAACAAAUGAUAAAGACUUAAAACGACGUAUACGAAAAAUACCUGGUGUCCCAAUUAUGUAUGUUUCCCAGCAUCGUUAUACAAUUGAACGUUUGCCUGAUGCUUACGGAGCACCUAAAAAGUGAAAAGAUUUUGUGAUUUCCUGAUGAUGAGGUUACUUUGUAAUUUGUAUUAUAUUUUUGUAUUUUAAGUUAGAAUAAGAAAAAUAAAAGAAUAAUAUUGCGAGA